UUAUAAGUUUUGCGUAGUCAAUUUUCAUUUCCCAUUCACCUUCCUAUUCCCGCUCUCCUCCUUCGCUUUUAAGUUGGGGGAUUUGUCUCCGGAACAAGAAGAAAGAGAUAACCACAAUUACACGGCAACGCCAUCGCUAUUGCCUAUUAGUAAGCCUAUUUCCUCACUCUCAGGUGUGUGACACGUGUCCAUAUUGAUCCCUCCGUUUUCAUCGUCGCCCCCUGAUAAUAACACGACUCCCUCGGUAUCCCCAUCAUUCCUCGUCCAUCGAUAGUAAUUCAUGAAAGACGUUGAUUUCUCAGCGCAAUUAUUUUUAUUUGAAAUAUCUCUCAGAGUAGCUCCUCGCAACCAGGUGUAUAAUUUUUUAUUUUUUUUUUAUAACAUCCAGGUGUAUAAUUUAGUAGUUGGUUGUUAAAUCACCCUAUUUCAUCACUUUCGAAUGAAUUAAAUGGUGAUUUCACCUAUUUGAUUUGUGUGUGUGACGAGGAGGUUACACGUUUUUGUUGGCACAGAAAGAAAACUAAGGUUUCUGAAAUGUACAGACAUAAUUAGAAGUUCAAGCAUUAAAAUCUGUUGAUACUGUUUUUACAUUUCAUUGACAAGCGAAGUGAUUGAAAUUGAUAUGAUCCAUUCUGUUUCUUUAUGCAAUUCCAUUUCUUUUAAACUUUGUGGGAAUUCUUAACCCUGACUGAGAUUCCUUGCGUUAUCUGUAAGUUAGUAAAAAGAAAAGCAAAGUGUUCACCAUGUCCGCCCCAGGGGUACGGUUGCACAUCCAAGACCACCAUGUGGUGAUGGAUAAUGGCAUACUCCAAGUUACGUUAUCAAAUCCAGAUGGAAUUGUCACUGGGAUACGAUAUAAUGGUGUUGACAAUUUGCUUGAAGUUCUCAACAAGGAGACUAAUAGAGGGUACUGGGACCUUGUUUGGAGUGCACCAGGAAGCAAAGGAAUCUUUGAUGUGAUUAAAGGAACGUGUUUUAAAGUUAUAGUUCAAAAUGAGGAGCAGGUGGAGCUUUCGUUCAUGAGAAUGUGGGAUCCUUCUCUUGAGGGAAAGUUUGUCCCCUUAAAUAUUGACAAAAGAUUUGUAAUGCUCCGUGGUUCAUCGGGCUUCUACUCUUAUGGAAUUUAUGAACACUUAAAUGGAUGGCCAGAUUUUGAUCUAAGUGAAACAAGGAUCACUUUCAAGCUUAGAAAAGACAAGUUUCAUUACAUGGCUAUGGCAGACAAUAGGCGAAGGAUUAUGCCUUUUCCGGAUGACCGGUUACCAGGAAGAUGCCAAACCUUGGGCUACCCAGAAGCUGUCCUACUAGUCAAUCCCAAGGAUCCACAAUUGAAAGGAGAGGUGGAUGACAAGUAUCAGUAUUCAUGUGAAAACAUAGAUAAUAAAGUCCAUGGCUGGAUAUCUUUCAGUCCACCAGUGGGAUUUUGGCAGAUCACACCUAGUGAUGAGUUUCGUUCUGGUGGACCCCUCAAACAGAAUUUGACCUCUCAUGUAGGCCCCACCACGCUUGCAAUGUUUCUUAGUGGUCACUAUGCGGGACAAGACUUGGUACCCAAAUUUAGAGGUGGUGAACCAUGGAAGAAGGUUUUUGGUCCUGUAUAUAUUUAUCUUAAUUCUGGAUCAAUUGGUGAUGACCCACUUUGGCUAUGGGAGGAUGCAAAAAUACAGAUGACGACUGAAGUUCAAAGUUGGCCAUAUAUUUUCCCAGCUUCAGAGGAUUAUUUAAAAUCAUAUCAACGGGGCAACGUUAGUGGCAGAUUACUUGUCUUAGACAGGUACAUCAGCACUGACUUAAUAUCAGCAAAUGCUGCUUAUGUUGGUCUGGCCCCACCAGGAGAUGCAGGGUCAUGGCAAAGAGAAUGCAAGGACUAUCAAUUCUGGGCCAGAGCAGAUGAGAAUGGAUUUUUUACAAUUAGCAAUAUACGUACAGGCGACUAUAACCUUUUUGCUUGGGUACCUGGCUUUGUUGGGGACUUCAGAUUUGAUGAUUUGAUGAAAAUAACCCCAGGUUCUAAUAUUGAAUUGGGUGACCUUGUAUAUGAGCCUCCAAGGGAUGGUCCCACAUUGUGGGAAAUAGGUAUUCCUGAUAGAUCCGCCGCAGAAUUUUAUGUUCCUGAUCCCAAUCCACAAUAUAUUAAUAAGCUUUUCAUCAACCAUCCUGACAGAUUCAGGCAGUAUGGAUUGUGGGACAGGUAUACAGAAUUGUAUCCUGAUGCAGAUUUGAUUUACACAAUUGGUGUCAGUGACUAUACGAAGGAUUGGUUUUUUGCUCAGGCUCCCAGAAAAAAAGAGGAUAACACUCAUCAAGGAACAACUUGGCAAAUCAAGUUUGAAGUCAGUAGUGUGGUUCGGGAAAGUACAUAUAAACUGAGAGUUGCACUUGCAUCUGCAACAUUAGCUGAAUUGCAGAUUCGAAUAAAUGAUCCCAAUGCAAGGCGUCCCCUAUUUACCACUGGAUUAAUAGGAAGGGACAACUCAAUUGCAAGACAUGGAAUUCAUGGACUCUAUUGGCUGUACAAUGUGAAUAUACCAGGUUCUUUUCUUAUAGAGGGCACGAAUACUAUAUAUUUUACGCAACCAAGAUGCACCAGUCCCUUCCAGGGUAUCAUGUAUGAUUAUAUUCGUUUGGAAGGCCCACCCUGUUUCAAAGAAGAUAUUUAAGUUAUCGUUGGGAAAUAAAUUAUCCAAAUAGUAGUACAUUUUCAACAUACUGGAAUGUAUUUGUUUGUGAGCAUUGUAUACGCCUUAUUAUCUUUUCAUUUUCAUUUUUUUCUGUAAUUUAUUGCUGUUUUGUUUUGUGGUGUGUUUUUGGAUAUGUACAAACGUUCUGUAAUACCUUUAC